GUUUUUGCUGAGCCCUCCAUUAGUCUGUUCGCUCUGGAAUGCUGCAAGGGCAGAGAGCUGCACUUCAGUGAACCCAUCAAUUCUGUUUUGAAUGAGGACCUUCAUUUUUACACUCAAUCUGUGUGGGUGAAAAGUGGAUUGUGGAUUGCAUAUGAAGGAUGUAAUUUUUUAGGAAAGCAGAUUCUGCUGGAGCCCGGUGAGAUUUCAAACUGGAGUGAACACAGUGGCUGGAAAGUAAUUGGCUCCCUUCGUCCUGUGAAACAGCCAGCAGUGUACCUCAGAGUGAAGAACCGAGCCCAAGGUAAAUAUUUGACAGUCGCUGGAAGCCUAGCAGAUAUAAGAGCAACAUCAGUGUGCGCGUCCCCGUACAAUGGCAAGAAUACCCAGAUCUGGCACUACUGUCGUGGACUCUUCAAAUCCAAGGCUAACAACGCCUGUCUGGACCUCAUCGGUGGCAGAGAUGUGCCUGGGGCCAAAGUCGCGCUCUGGGCAGAACAUGGGAAGGACAGGCAAAAGUGGAGACUCAAUGAGGAUGGAACCAUCAGUUCAUACCUCAGCGAACACCUGGUGCUUGAUAUUAAAGGAGGAAAUUAUUAUGACAAGAAUCACAUCAUUAUGAAUCAGCCGAUAGAUGACAAACAGUCACAAAAAUGGGAUAUUGAAAUAUUGUGAGUAAAACCCACCACACAGCUGGACUUUGUGUGGGUUAUUAACA